GGCGGCGCGGCGGGCGGGGCGGGCGCUGGAGCCGAGGUGGAAGGAGCGCCGCCAUUUUGGGAGCUUCGAGUCAACAAUAAAGGGCCGAGGGUGCGAGCGGAGCGGCCUCGGCGAUUGAAGUGAGUGAAUUCAGAUAUAUAACCAAACCUCGUUAGAGAGCCUUUAAAAAUAUAAAAAGUUGAUUCGGUGCAUGAGAGCAAGUUACUGCUGCUUACUAUUCAGAGACUUACAGGUGCUUGCCUGCAUUGCAAUAAAGGACUCAAUAUUGAGCAAGACUUAUAUUUAUCUCUUCAUUUUGGAGAGCCUAAUAAACUGUAUUACAGUUUCUCUACUGACUUUCAAAAGUUUUGAAGUUUGGAAGAGACAUCUGUACAUUUAAUACAGCAUGAGCACGGCCAGAACAGAGAACCCUGUUAUAAUGGGUCUAUCCAGUCAAAAUGGUCAGCUGAGGGGCCCUGUGAAGCCCAGUGGUGGCCCCGGAGGAGGGGGCACACCAACACAGCAACAGAUGAACCAACUGAAAAACACCAACACAAUCAAUAAUGGCACUCAGCAGCAAGCACAGAGUAUGACCACCACUAUUAAACCUGGUGAUGACUGGAAAAAGACUUUAAAACUCCCUCCAAAGGAUCUAAGAAUCAAAACUUCGGAUGUAACCUCCACAAAAGGAAAUGAGUUUGAAGAUUACUGUUUAAAGCGGGAGUUACUGAUGGGAAUUUUUGAAAUGGGCUGGGAAAAGCCAUCUCCUAUUCAGGAGGAGAGCAUUCCCAUCGCUUUAUCUGGUAGGGAUAUCUUAGCUAGAGCAAAAAAUGGAACGGGCAAGAGUGGUGCCUACCUCAUUCCCUUACUUGAACGGCUAGACCUGAAGAAGGACAAUAUACAAGCAAUGGUGAUUGUUCCUACAAGAGAACUUGCUCUACAGGUCAGUCAAAUUUGCAUCCAGGUCAGCAAACACAUGGGAGGGGCCAAAGUGAUGGCAACCACAGGAGGAACCAAUUUACGUGAUGACAUAAUGAGGCUUGAUGAUACAGUGCACGUGGUAAUAGCUACUCCUGGGAGAAUCCUGGAUCUUAUCAAGAAAGGAGUAGCAAAAGUUGAUCAUGUCCAGAUGAUAGUAUUGGAUGAGGCAGAUAAGUUGCUGUCACAGGAUUUUGUGCAAAUAAUGGAGGAUAUUAUUCUCACGCUACCUAAAAACAGACAGAUUUUAUUGUAUUCCGCUACUUUCCCUCUUAGUGUACAGAAGUUCAUGAAUUCCCAUUUGCAGAAACCCUAUGAGAUUAACCUGAUGGAGGAGUUAACUUUGAAGGGAGUAACCCAGUACUACGCAUAUGUAACCGAGCGCCAAAAAGUGCACUGCCUCAACACACUUUUCUCCAGGCUUCAGAUAAACCAGUCGAUCAUUUUCUGUAACUCCUCUCAGCGAGUUGAAUUGCUAGCCAAGAAGAUUUCUCAACUGGGUUAUUCUUGCUUCUAUAUCCAUGCUAAAAUGAGGCAGGAACAUCGAAAUCGUGUCUUUCAUGAUUUCCGAAAUGGCUUAUGCCGCAAUCUUGUUUGCACUGAUUUGUUUACCCGAGGUAUUGAUAUACAAGCUGUGAAUGUGGUAAUAAACUUUGACUUCCCAAAGCUGGCAGAGACCUAUCUCCAUCGCAUUGGAAGAUCAGGUCGCUUUGGUCAUCUUGGCUUAGCUAUCAACUUGAUCACAUAUGAUGAUCGCUUCAACCUGAAAAGUAUUGAGGAGCAGCUGGGAACAGAAAUUAAACCUAUCCCAAGCAACAUUGACAAGAGCCUAUAUGUGGCGGAAUACCACAGCGAGCCUGUAGAAGAUGAUAAACCAUAACAAGCAUGUGUGUACCUACAGAAUAGCUAAGCUUUGACAAACUAAAGAAGGCUUGCUUGGAUCUGUGACACAUCAUUUUGGGGGGGAUGCUCUUCUCUUGUGGGUUUUUCAUCUUUUAUUUUGGAACUAUGAAGAUUUAAAAGAACUCAGACAUUUUUUUCUUUUUUAACUGGUGAAAAGAAAAAAGCUGAAAAGAAGGAAUUUACCUUUUUUGUUCCACUUGUUUGCACUGUGUGCUGACUGAACAUUAGUUGCACUAACUGCUGGAUUUUUAAAAAUGUUUUCUGGGGAAAAGGGGGGACAAGGAAGGAGGAGAAAGAAGAGAAGGGAGAAACCCUAAAAAGAGAAGAAUUUUGAUGAACACACAAGCUUGUCUAUUAUUUCCGAAUUCUCCAACAGCUGACUCUUGUGCAUUUCAACUUCUCCCUGAUGACUCAUCCGUUUUUUAAGCCUGAAGAGCUUAUUACUUAUUUGUGCGAAGUGCCUUAUGCUAUGAGACCAUUCAGAAUAUCAUCUUCUAGACACAGCCCAAGGAAUCAACAAUAGUAAUUCUUUCCUUUUAUUUCUUUUUAAAACUUUUUAUUUCAUUUUGGUUUCACGUUGAAGUCUCUCUCUUCCCUUUCUACCCAGUACUCAAGCCCAGGGCUGAAAGAUGAAACCUAUUAGUAAUGUUAAACACCAUUUUUUUUCUUUAAGUGGAGGAGUUGAUAUGCAACUGCAGUUCAUCCGCACUGUAAAUACAUGUAUUUAAGAAACAACCACACAAUCCCAAGUAAAAAUUUCUUCUGGGCUGAGUCAAUGCAACAUCAUUGCUCCCAAAGGAAAGAGCGUCUCUGUCAUUGCAGGAGCCAUACGACAAGCCUUUGUGCUCUGUACGGAACACUAGAGACUGGUUCAUGUGCGUCUCCAUUCGCAGCUAUGGCACUCGAGGUGUAGCCUGUCAGCCUUGACCCUCUUUCCUCUGGCAAAGCGCGUCCCAUAGAAAACUGGGUGUGUACACUUGUAUAAACUUUGUAAAUAUGUUUUUUUCUGCGUUCAUAUAUAUAUAUAUAUAUAUAUAUAUAUAUAUAUAUAUAUACACACACACACACACACAUACAUAUAUAUAUAUAUAUUUUGUUUGUUUUUGAUGAAGGUUGCUGGGAUUAAGGGGAUUAGAGUGAUUAUGGGAGCAGCUAAGAUGAGAGGGGCUCAGUUUUCCGCAACACUAAAUUCUAGAAAGUACUUUAACCUCUUACUGUAGCAAGCGGACUCCUGUGGGGACCCUGUGCUGGGAAAGGGCCCCAGAAGUCUUCACUGUUUGCUGCCACACUGUCUCUAGUAUCUGUAGAGGAGGGAGGCCUGCCAGAGGGAGCAAGGAAACUUCAAAAACCUGGCAUUCCUGGGGUUAUUUUUGAAAGGCUCUCUCUUACUGUGCUUUUUUCCCCUUUUUUAAAGUUUGAGAAACUUUUUAAGCUCUGCAAAAGGGGACAAAGAUUAAUUACAUGCAGUGUGGAACCUCCCUUGAGUGGCAGCAUUGAGCAGUAUGUGUAUAAGCGUGACUUUGCGUUUCACAAUAUUAGCCAGUACCAGCUUCGGUGAGGCUAGCAGUUCUGGGGCUUCAUUUUUGUGGGUCACUUCCUAUACUGUGUAAGUGUGUGCCCUCUGCCCACUUUGAUACGUAAACUUGCAGGAACGGGCAACCCUGAGAGCUGCUGCUUGCCAUGCUUUAGCUUUGUGACGAGAAUUGUCAUGUUUGCAUUGUAAAUUGCUGGCAAAUGCUUUACAGUCAAUAGUGUUGCAUUAAAUUGUGCCCCUCCCAACAUGCUUGAUGUUUGGCCUGAUCUCCAGGCAAAAGGAGUGAGAUGAAUCAAAACCAGUGAACUUUUUUUAAAAAACGUUUUUAAUUCCCUUUUAACCCAGUGUACUAGGUCAAUCAGGAGGCAUCUAGGGUUUAAAAAAAAAAAAGGCAAAAUAAAAAUUUUUUUAUUUGAUUUCCAUAUUCCAUUGUUUUUCAGAGCCCUAAAAUAGUACAAGUCCUGCCUAUGUUUUCAUGCUUAACUCAUCUGGAUAAAGAAAUCAGUUACUCAAAGUUUCUUUUUUGACUCUGUCUAGUUCUAAACAAAAAUGAUUUGUGACUCACCCAGAAUUCCUUGAAGAUCAAAAUCCUGCAGAUGCCUCCUGAUCAGACAUAGCCCUAACUCCUUAGAAACUAGCAAGAGCUGCACAGUACAAACCCCCCAAAAUAAGCUCAUUUAUUUGGUAUCCACGCCACAUAGGUUCUUCUACCAGCCAUUGUUGGCAACUAAGUACAAGCCCUAGUUAAGGGAGUAACUUUUUUUCCAGGGAGGGGUGGAGGGAGGGAGUUUAAAAGGCAUCAACUUUUGACCAAAAAAUAUAUAUAUAUAUAUAUAUAUAUAUAUAUAGUCUCUGUGUACUGAUGCAGCCCUCUUUCCUCCCCAUCUCUGGCAAGAUAAGAGGGAUCAUUCUAGAAGAAAAGCAAGAAAGCUUAUAAAUGCAGUUUUAUAUCUCGCUAGAGUGCGGGUGACUAUAAACAGCACAGUCCUCUCCGCCAUCCUCAGACUGUCUGCUUGGUGCCACAUGCCUGUGGGUCCCUCUUAAAGCACAGACGUUUAAUUGAAAGUAUUCCUGAAGUACAGCCUCGGAUGAGGAGUGGCACUUAAACUGUCUGGGACACCAGGAUUGGACACAGCCUUGUGCGGGCAGCUGUCCAGUUUUGGUGCUUGACUCUUGAAUAGGAAUUGUAAAACGGAAAGAUGCUCUAAGGCAGCGGUCACCAACCAGUGGUCCGUGAGGUCCGAAAGGUUGGCGACCGCUGCUCUAAGACUAGGUCAAAUCCUAGUCUCUUUUUCUUUUUAAAUCCCCUUCGCAAUAAGGAGCAUUUGUUACUAUUGGAAGUUGUUUUCGUGUUCUUCCGGUAUAGGGUGUUUAUUUUAAGUCAUGGUGAUAUUUUUUCCAGUGGUUCAUUUGGAUGAAAACUAUUCCCUCUUUUUAAUACUUAAAUAACGUCAGCCCAUUGUUUAGCCUGUGGUUAUGUGGUUGUGUGAUGGUUCUGGACCGUUGCACACCUUGCUGCCUCUGGGCCUGUUUUUCCUUUAGGAUUGGACUAAAUUCCAAAAUUAUCUUCCAUGGGAAGAAGUAAAGGAGAGAGAAAUCUAAAUAUGUCUCUAAAUUGUCCAGUUUGCCCCGCACCAUAAUACGGGGGGCCCCAAAGGUGGGGGGUGGGGGCGGGCGGUUAUCAGUAUUUGUUUUCAGAAUGAGAUGGGAGCAUCUUUCCUCUGCCGUGUGCUUUGUGUUUGAUACCAUCAUGCUUGGGUUGGGUUAGAACCAGACGACUCGGCACAAAGCCUGGAGUGUAAACUGUUGGAAUCAAACAUCUCAUUCUGAUUACUUGGCUUAAUUUUUUUUUCUUUUUUUUUAUAGGGGUGGGAGGGAGGUGACUGCCCCAAAGGGAGGGUGUCUGCACUGAGGAUUUAGAAACACUUUGAAGCUCUUAGCCUCGUCAGAAGUUGCCUUUAGCCACUCUCUGACCUUAUGGAUGAGUAACACAAAGAUGAAGUAAAUUCUUGGGAAUUAAGCCAUGUUAUUUUAAUUUGUCACUUUGUUCAGCGUUGUAUGUAUCUUAAAAAAUGUUAUUGUGAAAUCAUUUUCUGGCAAAAUAUCUUUGUCAAACAAAAUUAUAGGCCUAGUGGGAGUUGAUGUUAGUCAACUUUUUGGUGAACUUGAUUGAGCUUGUGGUUCUACUGUAUAUCCUUAAAGAUAGUUUUUAAAGCUCCCAAAGAAAGUCUACUCCUGACCUAAAAACUCAUCUUGGGGUAAAGAGUUAAGGGUCCAAAGGCUAUAGCAGUUCAUGAGGUCAGAGGGAGCCAGCCUGGCAUGGACUCUGCCCCUCCACAGCUGACAGAUUCCAACCGGAAGUGUAUUUAAAUUCUCUGUAGACAAUGCUGGGCAGGGGAGGGGAGGGUGGGUUAUGAAGAUACAGGCUACUGGGUUUUAACCAGUGGUUGUGGGGCAGGGGUGCCUGGAGGAAACCAAGUCACUGUUCCCUUUUGAAACAAAACUAAAACCUGAAAAUUUUUGUUCAGUGAAAAUGGGGUCUAAUUUCAUGGUCCCUAGCCACAAGGGGCCAGUCCCACUGAGAAAUGAACAGUGGGGACUCAAAAUUUUGCAAACAUUUGGGGGAAGGGACAAUUGGCUUCUGUUAAUUGGCAAAUGUUCCAGUGGGGCUUCCUUUUUGUUGGGGGGUGUUAUGUUGUAGGUGCACAUGUGGACCAGAGUCUGCUGAGGUUAUAAAGUUCAGAAAAGAUGGUUGAUAAAAUCUUGGCUUUUGUUAAUGUAUCUCAAUAAAGCCCACUGGAACUCCA